AGGUAGGUGGGUGAGCUAAUUGGGAGGGGAAGGUAAGUUAAGUUUAAAGGGUGGGGUUUGGCGGGCCGCGGAGAAGCCGCGGAGAUGCGGAUGACGGAGGAUGAUGCGCACGAGGGUGGGCGGCGGCUCUUGGGAGGGCGGUCAGCAUCCCCCGCUGCGUCGGAGUUGAAGGUUGUUGAGAUCCUUGCCUCGAUCAGUCAGAGUCAGACGUCGAUCCCCGUGCCAUCGUCGCAUUGCUCGUCGGUUUUCGAAAAGCCUUUCUCUGGGGAAGCUAUGGCGGUUGCAGUGGAGAUGGAGGAGGCAGUAGUGUCGGAAAAACGAUUCCCGGAGAGCAAUGGUCAGCGCUUUGUGCAAGCAAACACUUCGACGGUAGGAGAAGGAGAGGGGAAGUCGAAUUCUGCUGAGCCCGCCACGUUCAAGAAGAUGUUGAGCUCAAUUGCGUCAGUCCUAUGUGCUGUAUCCCCUCUUUCUCCUCCGCUUCCCGCUCUGAUUGGAGGAGCCGCGGAGUUGUCUCCCGAGGAGGUGGCAGAGGCCGUUCAAUCUGCGGAGGCGCGGGCUGCGGAGGACGAUGCCGAAAUUUCCUCCUUCGAUGCUGCUUGGGAGGAAUGUCAUGCAGAUGAAGAGCGCGAGGGGAAUGGGGAGAGGUCCGCAGGAGAUGAAGCGCUGCGCUUGCGCUUGCGUGGCGCAGCGUCGUUACCGCCAUCAGGUAGCGAGGAGAUUCCGAAUAAGAGUAGUACCCUUACGGGACUGCGCUCGGCAGGUUUAGUGCCGUGGCCAUCCUCAGGGGGGGGCCAGCCUCGAACCGCGGACCGGUCGGGAUCGAGGCUGCCAAGGCCGUUGAUAAGUUGCAGGGUCGCUGAGAUCGAAGUCGAAUGUGGCAGCGCCGCAUCUGAUGCGGAACACGUAGGAGGAGGAGGAGGAGGAGGGGGAGGAGGAGGAGGUGGAGGAGCUGCUGCGCGGGCGCCAGCGGGAAGCACUCUCGGUGUGGGUGCCACGCGUGGGACGCGGGCGCAAGUGAAGCGAGAGGGAUCUUGUCCUGGGACUCCCAGGAGUUCUGCUGGACCUGCGGGUGGAGGACAGGCUCGAGUCGGGCAAACGGUGGGUCGAGGGGGAAGAGGAGGGGGGAGGGCGGGGGGGGGAGUAGGAGCAGUAGGAGUAGCGCAACCGCAAUCAGCCAGGAACAGAGCUACAACUCGACUGAACGAAUCUGAGGAGACCGUUACUGGCGAUCAUGUCAAGGCCGUUGGAUCGCGCAAAACAGCGGCGCCGCAGAUCCGGAUCGCGACGGGUGCGUCGUCGACUCCUAGGCGGCAAAACGAUGAUGCCACAGCUGCUGCUGGCAAAGCCGGAGGGAGAAGUAUAGGUGGCGUGACACGUGGCGUGAAUGCAGCAUCUGGCGCGUCUUCUUCUUCCUCUUCGUCGCGAUCGACGAGGGCCGAGUCAUUGAAACCGAAAUCGGCAACGACGACGGCAAUGGCGAAGACCUCAGCGGCCAUCGCGGCACCAACCCAUCACUCCCCGCGCUCUCCGGCUAGCAAAACGGCCUCCUCCUCCUCCGUCGCGGCAGUGCGCACAGGCAGUGGUAAGCGAGUAGUAGGAUCAAAUGGCCUAACGAUAGGAGGAGCAGCAAAUGGGCCAACGUUGGGAGCAAGUGGGGUAAAAACUGUGGCUGCAAAUGGGGUCACGGCAGGAGCAAAUGGGCCAACGGCAGGAGCAAAUGAUGUAACGGUGGGUGCAAAUGGUAUAACGGUGGGUGCAAAUGCGGUAACGGUGGGUGCAAAUGGGGUAACGGUAGGAGCGAACGGGCUAACGUCGGGAGAAAAUGGGGUAAGGGUAGGAGCAAAUUGUCUAUCGGUGGGAGCAAAUGAGGUAACGGUAGGAGCAAAUGGGGUGAUGGCGGUUGAAGGGUGUAGUGAUGAUCGUAAUUGUAAUCGGAGCGAUGAUCAUGGUCGCAGUCGCGAUGAUUGUGCUGAUGAUAAUGCAGCUACUCCUGCUGAUGAUGGUGGAUGCAGCGGUAAUGUGGGAUUGCCGGGCGGCGGUGCUGCUGCUGCUGCUGGUGGCAAGUCCUCUUCUCCGUCUGCCAGGAGCCCCGCGGCUGCGGAUCGCCGUAGCCACGUGGCCAACGGCACCGAUCGCUCAUCUCCGACAGCAGCGUCAUCAACGACGGGAUCUGUGGCGCGGGGUACGAGGCCUGUCGGGAGUGGUGGGGGCCGAGGCGGGGUCUCUGGGCACCAGCAGGCUAAUACUACUAGCAAGUGUGCAGCAGCGGGUGAUGUCUCGAAGCGCGCCGGUGCGAGAACCGUGGUGAAUGGGGUUGGGCCUUGGGUAGGAGAGGAAGGUGUCGGGUUGAGCGCGGAGGCAUCGAAGAAGGCGGCGGGCAGUACUAGCAGUAGUGACCCAGCGAGGCGCCGCCAUUCCUUUCCUGCAGCUGGGCCGGGAUCAUCAUCAUCCUCGUCGGUCCGAGGGGGGUCUAAGGCAACAACCAUUGCUCCUCAUCCCCCCGAGAAACGAGAUGCUGGUCGCGCUGAUGGGAAAGAUCAUCAUCAUCUGAAAAGUACCACCAGCAGGUCUUCCGUGGCUAAUGGGUUCCCUCAUCGGAAUGAUUCUGCUCCUGCGAAUGGCCAUGCAACAGCCGCGAAGUGAGUGCUUAGUAUCUACAGUAGGAUACGGUUUUGUCUUGUUUAUAUAGCCUGUCUUCUUUUUGAAUCGGUAAUCAAGCCGAGCUUGAUGU